CGCGCUCAAGUCUUCUCUCCACCAAAAAUGCAGAAGGGAAUACGGCUGAAUGACGGUCAUGUCACCUACUUGGGGCUUUUGGCGAAGAAGGACGGAACAAGACGCGGCUGCUUGAGCAAGAAAAGCUCGGACAACACUAAAUGGCACACCAAGUGGUUUGCGCUUUUGCAAAACAUGCUCUUUUAUUUCGAGAACGAGUCCAGUUCUCGUCCCUCGGGAUUGUACCUGUUGGAGGGAUGCAUAUGCGACAGAGCGCCUUCGCCCAAACCUUCGCUCUCGGCCAAGGAGUGUUUGGAAAAGCAGUAUUACUUCACGAUCAGCUUCACUCACGAAAACCAAAAGGCGCUCGAGUUACGGACAGAAGAUGUGAAGGACUGCGAUGAAUGGGUGGGCGCCAUAUCGCACGCCAGUUACAGAAACUUGGCCAACGAGCACGAGACCCUCAUGCAGAAGUAUCUUCAUCUGCUUCAAAUUGUGGAGACGGAGAAAACGGUUGCUAAGCAACUUCGACAACAGAUAGAAGACGGGGAAAUCGAGAUCGAGAGGCUCAAGUCCGAGAUUGCAGGGCUGCUAAAAGACAACGAGAAGAUCCACGCCAGUCCCACGGCGGCCCCGACUGAGGAUGACUCGGAAAUCAAGAAGAUCAAAAAGGUCCAGAGCUUCCUGCGCGGCUGGAUCUGCAGGAGGAAAUGGAAGACCAUCAUCCAGGAUUACAUCCGCUCGCCACAUGCCGAGAGCAUGAGGAAGAGGAACCAGGUGGUGUUCAGCAUGUUGGAUUCGGAAGCCGAGUACGUGCAGCAGCUGCACAUCUUGGUCAACAACUUCCUCAGGCCGCUCCGCAUGGCCGCCAGCUCCAAGAAACCGCCAAUCACCCACGACGACGUCAGCAGUAUAUUCCUCAACAGUGAAACUAUCAUGUUUCUACAUCAGAUCUUCUACCAGGGGUUAAAAGCCAGAAUAGCCAGCUGGCCAACGUUGGUGCUGGCCGACCUGUUCGACAUCCUGCUGCCUAUGCUGAACAUCUACCAGGAGUUUGUGAGGAAUCACCAGUACAGCCUCCAAAUCCUGGCCCACUGCAAGCAGAACCGGGACUUUGAUAAGCUGCUGAAGCAGUACGAGGCCAAGCCCGACUGCGAGGAGAGAACUCUGGAGACCUUCCUCACCUACCCCAUGUUCCAGAUUCCCCGUUACAUCCUUACGCUUCAUGAACUUCUUGCCCACACGCCUCAUGAACACAUAGAGAGGAACAGCCUGGACUACGCCAAAUCUAAGCUGGAGGAGCUUUCGAGAAUUAUGCACGACGAAGUGAGCGAGACAGAGAACAUCCGAAAGAACCUAGCCAUCGAACGCAUGAUCGUGGAGGGCUGCGAGAUCCUCCUGGACACCAGCCAGACUUUUGUAAGACAAGGUUCUCUCAUCCAGGUCCCAUUGAGCGAGAAGGGCAAGAUCACCCGCGGGCGCCUGGGCUCUCUGUCUUUAAAGAAGGAAGGGGAGAGGCAGUGCUUUCUCUUCUCCAAGCAUCUAAUCAUCUGCACUAGGGGAUCCGGUGGAAAGCUUCAUCUCACCAAGAAUGGUGUGGUCUCUCUUAUAGACUGCACUCUUAUGGAGGACCCUGAGGGCACUGAUGAUGAGUCCAAAUCAGACAAAGGCGGCCAGGACAUGGAGCACCUGGACUUCAAGAUUGUGGUGGAGCCAAAGGACAGUCAGUCAUUUACAGUCAUCUUGGUGGCAUCUUCCAGGCAGGAGAAGUCUGCGUGGACCAGUGACAUCAGCCAGUGCAUUGACAACAUCCGCUGCAACGGCCUCAUGAUGAACGCCUUUGAGGACAACUCCAAAGUCACCGUCCCACAGAUGAUCAAGUCCGACUCGAGUCUGUACUGCGACGACGUGGACAUCCGCUUCAGCAAGAUGAUGAACUCCUGCAAGGUGCUGCAGAUCCGCUACGCCAGCGUGGAACGUCUGUUGGAGAGGCUGACCGACCUGCGCUUCCUCUCCAUCGACUUCCUCAACACGUUCCUGCACUCCUAUCGCGUGUUCACCACUGCCGACGUGGUGCUGGAUAAACUCAUCACCAUCUACAAGAAGCCCAUCAGCGCAAUCCCUGCUCGGUCCCUGGAGUUGUUCUUUGCCAGCAGUCAGAAUAACAAACUCCUGUACGGAGAGCCGCCGAGUUCCCCCAGGGCCAGCAGGAAGUUCUCCUCUCCUCCUCCCUUGGCCAUCGCUAAGAACUCGUCCCCGAACCGGCGGCGCAAGCUCUCCCUCAACAUCCCCAUCAUCACCGGAGGCAAAGCUCUCGACCUGGCCGCCCUGAGCUGCUCCUCCAACGGCUAUGCAAGCAUGUACUCGUCCAUGUCCCCCUUCAGCAAGACCACCUUGGACAUCAACAAACUCUACGUGUCCAGCCCGAUUACCAGCAAAAUACCAGACGAGGGGGAGGACAAGAAAGACAAGAUGGAGGAGACCUCGGUAUGCAAACAAGAUCUCUCCGUGCGGGAAGAAAGCGACAAGGAUCAAAACCAGAGCGAUGACGCCGACCAAGAAGCCUCGCCUACAAAGUCGCCGACUACGCCGAAAAACAUCAAAUGCAAAAACUCCUCAGAGUUCUCUCUGUUCUCCUACAACAAUGGCAUGGUGAUGUCCUCAUGUCGAGAGUUGGACAACAACCGCAGUGCGCUGUCCGCCGCCUCCGCCUUCGCCAUCGCUACCGCCGGAGCCAACGAGGGAACCCCCACCAAGGAAAAAUAUCGAAGGAUGUCCCUCGCCAGCACAGGCUUCCCAACAGAUCAGAGGAACGGGGACAAAGAAUUUGUGAUCAGACGAGCAGCGACCAACCGAGUUCUGAAUGUUCUCAGACACUGGGUGUCCAAACACUCACCGGACUUUGAGAGUAACAAUGAGUUGAAAACAAAGGUUAUCGCCUUCCUCGAGGAAGUGAUGCAUGAUCCCGAGCUGCUGACUCAAGAGAGAAAAGCAGCCGCCAAUAUCAUCAGAACUCUGACUCAAGAUGAUCACGGUGACAAUCAAAUUGCUCUUGAAGAUGUGACCCAACUGGUGGGCUCAGGGAAGGCCGACCCCUUUGAGAACCACUCAGCCUUGGAGGUGGCCGAGCAGCUCACCCUUCUGGACCAUCUGGUUUUUAAAGUCAUCCCAUAUGAGGAAUUUUUUGGUCAAGGCUGGAUGAAGAACGACAAGAAUGAGAAGACACCUUACAUCAUGAGGACCACCAAGCACUUCAACAAUAUAAGCAACCUUAUCGCCACGGAGAUCCUGCGCUCGGAAGACGUGCUGACCCGAGUGGCGGUCAUUGAGAAAUGGGUGGCAGUCGCCGACAUUUGCCGAUGUCUCCAUAACUACAACGCCGUGCUUGAGAUCACCUCGUCCCUCAAUCGAAGUUCUGUCUUCCGUCUCAAAAAGACGUGGCUCAAGGUGUCCAAGCAGACAAAAGGCCUGAUUGACAAGCUGCAGAAGCUGGUAUCUUCAGAGGGGAGGUUCAAAAACCUCAGAGAGGCUCUGAAGAACUGCGAUCCCCCGUGUGUUCCCUAUCUGGGCAUGUACCUCACAGACCUGGCCUUCAUCGAGGAGGGAACACCAAAUUACACCGAAGAUAAUUUGGUCAACUUUUCAAAGAUGAGAAUGAUUUCGCACAUCAUCAGAGAAAUCCGACAGUUUCAACAAACGGCAUACAAGCUCGAUCUUCAACCCAAGGUAGUCCAGUACCUACUGGACAGGAGCUUCGUUCUGGAUGAAGAAAGCAUGUAUGAAGCAUCCCUCAGAAUUGAGCCUAAAGUGUCCAACUGA